GUAUAAGUGCAGUCCGCCAGUCGCUGGCUAUGGGCUCAUCAAGUCGCUGCAUUCAACCUGCGAUUCCCAUAGCACGACAAAUCAUCUUAGUACCCAAAUAUCAAUUAUCAAGAAUCAUAAAUUCUAGCUUUAGACAACAUGGCACCACCGGCGCAAACUCUCACCCGAAAGCUCGGCAACGAGGGCCCUGAGAUACCCGCUACUGGGUUCGGCCUGAUGGGCAUCAGCCUUGCUUAUGGAGCAGCUGAGAGCGACGAAAAACGCCUCAAGCUGCUGGAUCGGGCUUGGGAGUUAGGCUGUACCAACUGGGAUACAGCUGACAUAUACGGCGACAGUGAAGAUACCAUUGGGAAGUGGUUUGAGCUUCAUCCUGAGCGCCGAGCAGAUAUCUUUCUCGCUACCAAGUUCGGACUCAAGCCUGAUCCAAAUUCACCUGUUGGGAUUUCGGUUGACUCUUCGCCCGAGCAUUGUCGUCAAAGCAUCGAGAACAGUCUAAAGCGUCUAGGUGUGGAUUACAUCGAUCUAUAUUACAUGCACCGGGCUAGCCCCGAUGUGCCAAUUGAGAAAACCAUGGCUAUGCUUAAGGAACUAGUGAACGAAGGGAAGAUCAAAUAUGUAGGUCUAUCGGAGGUGUCAUCUGCGACCCUUCGUCGUGCUCACGCAGUCCACCCAAUCCAUGCCGUACAAAUGGAGUAUAACCCGUGGACUCUCGAUAUCGAGGGCCCGUCUGGUACACACCUCCUCGAUACCUGCAAAGAACUAGGCGUCUCUGUCUUCGCCUAUUCGCCACUUGGCCGCGGUAUUAUGACCGGGCGUUUCCGCUCCGCCGCAGACUUCGGCGCAGAUGACGCGCGAGCCCAUAUGCCGCGCUACCAGGGCGAAAACUUCGAGAAGAACUUGAAGCUCGUGGACCAGUUCGCCGAGAUCGCGAAACGCAAGGGUUGCACGAGUGGCCAGCUUGUCCUCGCGUGGCUGCUUGCUCAGGGGGAUAACAUCUUUGUCAUCCCUGGGACGAAGAAGACGGCGUACCUAGAAGAGAACUUCGCGGCAUCGCAAGUCACUCUUACCGAAGAGGAAGAGAAGCUGCUACGGAAGCUGGUCUUAGAGGCUGGGGUUAGCGGACACCGAGGAGCAAUGUUUGGUGGAUUUGUGGACACGGCGCCGUUGGAGAGUUGAGUGUAUGAUAUACGUGGGCAUCCCACGUACUAGCAUUACUGAGAAUAUUUUUACACAAUAACAACAUCAUCCUCCUUCUUGAAGUGUUUCAAUAUUUCUCCCAACUGGUUCGCUCUCUCUGGCGGGAUCCGCACGAGCCCCAGCCUUUCAAACUUGCGUCUUUCAUCUGGAAUAGGUUUGAGAAUGAGAAAGGUAUUUUGAUCAGGCCACAUACGACCCCAAUACAGAAUGAAAGCCUCCGUGAUGGUAUUAGCUUCUUCUCGGCUCAUGAGAUAGUCCGCACGACACCA